GAUUUUUUGCCUUAAAGCUUCGUCAGUUUUAAAAGAAGACCGAAAGUAAUUAACGUGCGACGGACUGGCGCAAGUUUGGGUUCGGAUCAGAACUCGCCUUUAAUCUGCUGAGAAGAAGAGAAACUCUUGGCUGUCUCUCAGAAUUAAAAUGCCUCAACUGGACAGAGAAAAGUUGUGCUGCUCGAUCUGUCUGGAUCUGCUGAAGGAUCCGGUGACUCUUCCCUGCGGGCACAGCUACUGCAUGAUCUGCAUUAACAACCAUUGGGAUGGAGAGGAUCAAAGGGGGGUUCACUCUUGUCCCCAGUGCAGGAAAACCUUCAUACCGAGGCCAGUGCUGGGCAAAAACACCAUGUUAGCAGAGUUGGUGGAGGAGCUGAAGAAAACUGAACUCCAAGCUGCUCCUCCUGUUCAUCACAACUAUGCUGGACCUGGAGAUGUGCCCUGUGAUUUCUGCACUGGGAGGAAGCAGAGAGCCACCAAGUCCUGUCUACAGUGUCUGGCCUCCUACUGCGACGAUCAUCUCCAGCCUCACUACGAUUCUCAGGCCUUUCAGAGCCACAAACUGGUUGAAGCCUCAGCAAACCUCCAAGAAAAAAUCUGCUCUCUCCACAACAAAGUGAAGGAAGUUUUCUGCCGCAGUGACAAGCAGUGUAUCUGCUACCUCUGCUCUAUCAGCGAACACAAAGGCCACGACGUCGUGUCACUGGCAGCAGAGCGGGCCGAGAGGCAGAAUGAGCUCGAUCCAUGUCAGCAGAACAUCCAGCAGAGAAUCCAAGACUUGGAGCAAGAUCUGACAGUGCUUCAGAAGCAGGUGGGGGUCAUCAACAUUUCUGCCGAUGAAGCAGCAAGGAAUAGCCAGAUGGUGUUCAGCCAGCUGGCCCAACUCAUCGCGAGACGAAGCUCCGAAGUGCAGCAGCAGAUCAGAAUCCAGCAGGAAACAGAAACGCGUCGGGUCAAAGAGCUCGAGGAGAAGCUACAGAACGAGAUCGCCAAGUUAAAGAAGAAAGACUCGGAGCUGAAGCAGCUUUCAUACACCGAGGACCACCACCGCUUUCUACUCACUUUCUACUCGCUGUCAGCACUCGGCAAAUCUACACACACCGGCGUCAACGUCCCUCCUCUGAGCUUUGAGGAGGUGACGGCGGCGGUAUCGCAGCUCAAAGACAAACUCCAAGACCUUCUGAGUCAGGGCUGGACCCAAGGAGAGGCGCCGCUGAGACCAGCAGAGCUCGAGGGUUCAGGGAAGCAACCGCAUAUAGUCCCAGCACCAACAUCCUUCAUAACAAAAGAAGAAGAAGUCAAAUCAGCAGCCUUCCAACAACCACGUGUGGUUCCACCAGCAGAGCCCAAGAGUUUCUUGAAACAACCCCGUUUUCCACCAGCACCACAUCUAACAGCUUUUCUGGCAACAGCAGCACGCAAAAAUUCAUUGAAACAUGUGGUGCCUCCAGCAGAGCCCACGGCUUUGGCCCCACUACACCCAGCUUUGGUGACGCCGCCGCUACCUUUUGCACCGCCGACAGAGCCCAAGACCAGAAACGAAUUCUUACAGUAUAUGUGUCCAAUCACGCUGGAUCCAAAUACAGUGAGCAAAUGGCUGUCACUGUCUGAGGGGAACAGGAAGGUUACGUACAUGAAGAAGGAGCAGUCGUACCCUGAUCACCCAGAGAGGUUCGACAGCCUUCAGGUCCUCGGCAAAGAAGCUCUGAGUGGACGGUGUUACUGGGAGGUGAAGUGGAGCAAGUUUGUUGCUAUAGCGGUCGCCUACAAGAGCAUCAGCAGAACAGGAAGUGAGAGUGGAUUCGGAUUCAACGACAAGUCGUGGGCGUUGUGGUGUCACAGUAACGAGUUCAGACAUGACAGCACCACCAUGUCCCUACAGGUUCCUCAGUCCAGCAAGAUCGGGGUGUACGUGGAUCAGAGCGCAGGUAUCCUGUCCUUCCACAGCGUCUCCGGCUCCAUGACUCUCCUUGCAAAGGUAGAGACCACCUUCACAGAGCCCCUCCACGUCGGACUCUGGGUUUGUUCGGGAUCUGCCAAGUUGGUUCAGCUGCUGUAGGAUUUCUUUCUGCUUGAACUUCAUUUCUUCUGUCUCUGUCCGUCACUUCAGAAGUCAGCUAACAUUCCAAAGAAGCCAUUUUUCCAAGUUUCAAGCCACUCCGGGAACUGUUUCUGUACGUACUGUCAAGCCAUUUAGAAAUCGUUUGGACAAAGUAAAUUAAAAGGAAAAAAGAGCUCUAAUAAUUCUGAAAACUAAGGAUACUUUAUCUUAUGUGACACCUAAUGGUUAUCUAUUGUUAAUCGAGUAGAAAUAGGGCUGAUCAAAAUGCUUUUGUUUUAUUUUGAUUUGUU